CCGCAGUCGGCUACUUGAUAUUCGAUACCUCAUACGCCCCGUUGGCCCGGUACAAGAAUCGCACGAAACGCAGCGAAAGUGCGCCAACUUUCGGGCGAACUCAACUGAACUGAACUGAAUUUGAAAGUGCGACAGGAUAGGCGUUGUCUGGCCUCUUUGGAGGUCCUGCUGGCGCCAAGCAGCGCCCUUGAGCAACGCGAAAUGCGGCCGCACACAUAAAUUGCAAUUAAGCGAGGGCAAACGAAUUGAAGAACAGAAGGAGAAACACAAGGAGAGAAGCAGUGAAAUUGCCGCACCAUCUGCAAUAGCAACAACUAGCGCGUCGAAACUUUGCUGGCCAGCGAGCCAAGUGGCCAAGUGGCCAAACAUAAAUAAGGAGCGCGCACAUUUAUCUAUCACUUGGGCGGAACUUUUCGCAAAAUGCCAGCGGGUCGAGUGGCUGGCAAGGCCGGCUACUCCAAUCACUACUAUAAUGGACGCUCCUACGUGGGCAUCAACGAGGAGAUCAUGUGGGUGAGCAUCGGCAUGGGCGUGACCAUUGUGCUCCUGAUCACGAUCGCCCUGUGCUACAUUGCGCGCGAGAAGUGCCAGAAGCGGCAGCGGGAGUACUACGUGACCGCAUAG